AUUGCACCAUAGAAGCUCCCUUGAAAAUUAGUCAGACAUGCAUCAAAUACCACCUACAAAUCAAACCAAUUAUAUCAAGUUGGUCUAUAUAUACAAAUAAUAACAGACAUUAUUCACAAAAUAAAAGUUACAACAAUAUUAUUCACUUUUCGUUCUCCUUUAUUCUAGUCGCAACCAUGACUAGAAGAAAGGUGAAACUUGCCUUCAUUGUCAAUGACGCUGCAAGAAAAGUAACAUACAAGAAAAGGAUGAAGGGUUUAUUGAAGAAGAUUGACGAACUAAGCACGCUUUGUGGAAUUGAAGCUUGUGCUAUAGUUUACGGUCCUUAUGAACCACAACCUGAGAUUUGGCCAUCCCCUUGGGGAGUCCAAAAUGUGCUCUCAAAAUUCAGUAUGAUGCCUGAAAUAUUAAUGGAACAAAGCAAGAAAAUGAUGAAUCAAGAGACUUUCAUGAACCAAAGGGUGAUGAAGGCUAAAGAGCAGGUGAAAAAGCAACAAAAAGACAACAAGCAGAAAGAGAUAGCCCUUCUAAUGUUUCAAUGCCUGAAUGCAGGGAAAAUUGUGGACAACAAUAUGUCAAUGGUUGAUGUGAAUAAUCUUGCUUGGUUGAUUGACCAAAAUUUGAAGGACAUUGGAAGAAGGUUGGAAGCAGUGGACAAUAAUGGUCAAAAUCAAAUCAUGACUACUCCAACUCAGAGCGAAGUCCAAUUCCAAAUGGCACCACCACCACUUGUCAAGAAGGAAGAAAUGGCAAUGAUGGGCCAUGACCAUUUUGGGAUAACUAUGAGCAAUGGUGACAUCAUGCAAAGACAAUUAUUUAUGAAUUUGAUGAUGAAUGAUAAUAGAGAUGAGAAUGUCCCAUUUGGUCAUCCUCAUGAUGCUAGUCUUCAAAAUGGAUUUUGGCCUAAUCUACUACCUUGAAUGAGAUGAUGUGUUUGUUUUUCAAACCUUUUGAGGUGGAUUUGUUCCAAUUUAGUCUCAAUUCUUAAUUCUUGGAUGAUUUGGUCUUACUUUAUUUGGGUGCAUGUGAAGACACAAUCGUAAGUCAUUAUUGUGCAAUCUUCACAUCUUUAUUUCCUAUAUGUGAUUUAGUCCUAUUGUGUGGCUUAGGCUUCACAUGGUUAUUUAUAUGCUUUUUUUUUCUUUCUUUCUAAAU